ACAGACAUGGACAACAGGUCCCAUCCUAACUUCCCCAUGCACCGUAUGGAGCCAGGCCCCCUGACCAUGUACUUGGGGGAGAACGAGACGAAUUCCACCACUGGAGAACCAAACUCAGUGGAGUGCUUGCAGAUCCGCAUCCCCCAGGAGCUUUUCCUGACCCUGGGGCUCAUUAGCCUGGUGGAAAACAUCCUUGUGAUAUUGGCGAUCAUUAAGAACCGCAACCUGCACUCGCCCAUGUACUACUUCAUCUGCUGCCUGGCCGUGUCCGACAUGCUGGUCAGUGUCAGCAAUGUGGUGGAAACAAUAUUCAUGCUUCUCAACGACCACGGCCUACUGGAUGUGUACCCAGGCAUGCUGCGCCACCUGGACAACGUCAUCGAUGUCAUGAUCUGCAGCUCCGUCAUGUCCUCGCUCUCCUUCCUGUGCACCAUAGCGGCGGAUCGCUACAUCACCAUAUUUUACGCACUGCGGUAUCACAGCAUCAUGACCACACAGCGCGCAGUGGCCAUCAUCGUGCUGGUGUGGCUGGCCAGCAUCACCUCCAGCACCCUCUUCAUCGUUUACCAUACCGACAACGCUGUCAUCGUCUGCCUCGUGACCUUCUUCUGUAUCACGCUCGUGUUUACUGCUGUGCUCUACCUGCACAUGUUCAUCCUGGCACACGUGCAUUCCCGGCGGAUCAUGGCCUUCCACAAGAGUCGCCGGCAAGCCACAAGCAUGAAGGGAGCCAUUACUCUCACCAUCUUGCUCGGAGUCUUCAUUCUAUGUUGGGGCCCUUUCUUCCUCCACCUCAUCCUCAUCCUCACUUGCCCCACAAGCCCGUUCUGCAACUGUUUCUUCAGAAACUUCAACCUUUUCCUCAUUCUCAUCAUCUGUAACUCACUGAUCGACCCGCUCAUUUACGCCUACCGGAGCCAGGAGCUGCGUAAAACCCUGAAGGAGCUGGUUCUGUGCUCGUGGUGCCUCGGUAUGUGACAUCAUGCACAUUCAGGAAGAACAGACGGUGGAGAAGGUUAUCAGCGAUGUCAACAUUUUCUUCCUGAAUGCGUAUUGUGUCAGAAGCUGUAAAGCACUCCUGUACCGGCUGACGAUGUCCAUAUGCCCACGUGCGCAAAAGCAAAUGUAGCCUCUAUCCAAAUAUUUUAAUACAUUUACACAUCCAGUUGUGGUUUUUAAAUCAUACAUAUUAAUGUAUCCCAUUUUUGUGAUUAUCCCCAUAAUGUAACUCUUAUUUGCAGUUUUAAAAUGAGGUGCAUUACACUCAGUACCGCGCAUGUAAACGCGCUCUACGCACAAGUACCUGCCAACGUAGGCUAAAACACGCACCUCAGCAUAUUUGUCUGUUGACUCUUUCCAGCUUAUUUUCUUUUAAACAAGUGGAGGAAAACAACUCUGCCACCACUAUGUAUUGACUUGAAAGAUUUUUUCCACAAAAUGCAGUGACCCAGUGCUAGAAACACCCAACAGAAUUUCACUCAAAUCAUAAGAGUGUCUUUUUCAUAUGAAUAAGUUUGCAUUGUGCCUCCGUGACUGUAUUGGUUCUGCUCAUUUAAAUACAUUUAUUCUCAAAGCUUGAACACUCUGACAUGCACAUUGUGCCACAAUCCACAUUUGGAUGUGUAUCAAGUUAUUGCACUAGAUAAUGAACUGUGUAAACCCCCCUCAAGAUGAACGUUUGGCUUGUAUCUGAAUGGGAAUUUUAUCCCAUAUCUGGGGAAAAACUUGAGUUAUUUCCCCUGGCUACUCAUUCCAGCUGACAUGAGUGUCUUUUGAAUAACCUCGGACAUCCUAUAGGGUAACUUGGUUCCUCACCAUCCGUAGGCCAACUGCAAGAGCUUCUAGUGCUGAGAA